CAAAGAUGGUGGCGUGACCACGCCCAGGCCUGUGCUGGGACCCAGCGUAGCAGGCGCCUUUACGGAUAAGGUCCGAGUGCGACUGGGACAGUCACCUUCAGCUUUUGCACGCAACCAGAUGAUUUGCCUUCAGGCUCUGAGCCUUCAAAGCACUUCACUUGAUCUUUAUCUGUAUUGGUCCAAGCUCUUCAGUCAAGCAGAAAGCUUAUAAGGCAGCUUUGACUAAGGAUGACAUCCUUGUUUGCUCAAGAAAUUCGCCUGUCUAAAAGACAUGAAGAAAUAGUAUCACAAAGAUUAAUGUUACUUCAACAAAUGGAGAAUAAAUUUAUAGACGAAAACAAGGAAAAGGCAUCUCAGAUGCAAGCAGCUGAGACUGCUUUUAAAAGGAACCUUGGUCUUUUAAUGGAUAUAGAAGCCGCAGCAAAGUCUCUACAGACCCGGAUUCACCCAAUCCCGUCACCAGAGGUGGUUUCUCUUGAGACUCUUUACUGGGCAUCAGUAGAAGAAUAUAUUCCCAAAUGGGAACAGUUUCUUUUAGGAAGAGCACCAUAUCCUAUUGGUGUUGAAAAUGAAAAUGAAGCAGAAAAUACCGUUCAGAAUGAGGCGCAGUGAUAACUUCUUCACAUACUCUUUUCAAAAAAAUCUGUUUAGUACAGCUGAAUAUUAAAGAAUAUACGGGUCAUUUCGGGUACCUUAGGAAUCGAAUAUGUUCAUAUUGUCCCAUUACCUCCUCAAUGACAUGAAGAUAGGAGAACCGGCUGACAAGUCUCAGGUUCUAUCACUUUGAGACCUACUAUUACUUCAGGGUCACAAAUUUGCUUUCUGCCAAUCCCAUGGAAGUGUUAAGAGCUAAUAUUGAAAAGUGAACUGUUUAUUAAGUAAGUCACUAAGUAAGUGUUGUGUGUCAUUUUUUUUAAAAAAAUCAUUUAUUGUCAUUCUCAUCUAAACAGUGAAUACUGGUUGUUCUGAUUUUACAUUUUCUAGAAUUGUUUUGGUCUUUAUGGGGAUCGGGUUUAGCACAGGAUCCCAGUGGCUGUUGGCCCUUUUAACAAAUGGAAAAAAUAGAGGUAUUUAUCUGCUUCAGUAUAGUAUUUAUUAGACAAUGGAUUCAUGGGAUUUUGUCCCUCAUAGAUAAUCAAACCUCUGAAGAUUCUGGAGGAAAGAACUAAACUACAAAGCACUCGGGAAGUAGCCAGUUUCAGGGGGGCUCAGACUUAGUCCUGAAAAAGGUCACCUAUUAGAGCUGGGAAUGGUUAUUGGAUUUUGACUUGGUUAUUUAAGGACUACCAGCCUGUGAAUGCAAGUAACUCCUCUCAUCUUUUCAUCUUGAAACUUGCCCUUCCCUCUCCUAUUUUCAUUAUUUCUGAAACAACUGUCAGAAAGCUUUGCAGUUCCUCAGUCCUCCACCGCUGGAGCACUCAAAAAGGUUUGUUUUUUUUUUAAUUUUUUUGAUUAUAGAGGCAGCUCCUGCUAGUAAGGGGAGUCUAUGUUCAUUACAAUUCAAGAGUUUAAAAAUUUCAAACUGGUGUGUAUUUUUACAUGAAGACAGCAGGACAAGCUUUAAAAAAAAAAACAACUAUAUUGAAACGUCCAUUGUGCUGAUAAGUUCGUUUAAACCACCAUCUUGGAAAUAUCCUGUUGAGUGGGUGUUGGUGUGGGUAACAAUAACGUUGUUUUCAUAAUAUGCGCUGGCAGAUUAGCACACUUCUCUACAGUGUUAACAGUUGUAAUUAAGGAAUAAACAGCACAGAGUGUCAGUCCGAUGACAAUUUCAUCUAUAGUGUCACAAUACAAAAUGUCACAAAAUAUUAGAACUGUUAUAUAACUAUAAAAAGUACCGGCUUAAAAGCUGAAAGGCUUAAAAAAAAAAACAAAAAAAAACAAGGAAGACAGAAAGGAAGAAAAAAGAAAACUGGCAUAGAGACCAGAACAAUUUAUACCUUCUCAAGAAUGUUCUGACAUGAAAAUAAAUUGAUAAUUUUUUUUUCCUGUUACAUCACAGUUUGGUUUCUAGCCAUCCAGUUGAUUUAGCAGGAGAAUACAGGGCUUUUUAGCAGCUUUGAAUUGGUAAACAGAUUUAGAUGUAGUAGAAAGGAACAUGAGGAGGUUUUUUUUUUUUAACAUCCAAUCUUUCCCAGCAUAUGCACAUAAGAAGGUGAAUGAAGCGAUGUGAAACUUAUUUCUCUUUAGUCAAGUGAAAAAAAGGCUAAACAUUUGUUGAGAUGGUAAAAUAUUGUGUCAAGCAAGUAGGCACAUUCCAAAAUUAAACAGUGGUUGAUACAUUAACAUCCUCAAAUAUUUGAGUGCACACUUCGAGUUCUGUAAAUUAAAUCACCAGUAGAUUAGAUUAAAAUACAAAAUGAAUAGCAAUUUAACCAUCUCAGAAAAGGUUGUUUUUUUUCUCCCCUAACUUGACUAACUUGCUAAAUAGUUUCUAAAAAGAACAUACAUUUAAUAUACUCUGGGUUACGACUUAGGACAGAAGCGAUGUCACUUCUAGGCUUUAGCUGUACCAUUUCCCCCAUUACUAGUGAAUACCUCAAAAACUCCCACAGAUGACUUUAUUCCUGGCCCCCACAGAGCUUCCCCCCCCUUCCCUCCUUGUAGACUGUAACAGAUUGCACCACAUGGUGUAUGUUUUAAAAAAAAUUUCCAUAGGGACCUAGAUACCCCAUUAAAGGGCUUUAUAUUCCUCAUGGCAAAUUAGCUUUACAUAGGAAUUUCCAACUAUUGUUUUCUGUAAGGAGGAAAGAAGUAUCAUAUCUAAUGUAUAUUUUGUAUUGCUCUUAGUAGGAAUCAGACAAGGAAAAAGAAAGGUCAUCUACUCAUACUACCCGCCCGUCCCCCACCCCACCCCGCCAAUUCAGUGCCUUUACCAUAUGCUACAUUGUACCUCUUAUUCAUGAAAACUAUGAAUUUGUUUUUUUGGGUUUUUAUAAUAACAAGAUUUUCAAAGUAAAGGUCAUUUCAAGAUUUUCUUUGCACAGCCUUUCUUGGAUUACUGCAAAUGCAUAAAUACUCAAAGCUCAUUUUAUGCUGGAACACUUUUAGUAUAUGAAAUUAUUAAACUAUAAAAUACUGAGGUCAGAAGGAGCUGCAGUUUUUCUCCAAACUUCAUAAAAUAAAUUUUACUAGGGAAAAGCCCAAUACUCUAGAAACCAGACAUCUGGUCUUUCCCGGGUGUUAGGAGCAGUGUGAAUGAAAAUGAGGUCAAAUGGACAGUUUUUCCUCUGCAUUACGUGCAAGGUGUUUUCACUUGUCAGCUCAAGACCUAGAGGGCUGUAAUAAUCUUUACCCUUCUUCACAAUUUGGUCUUCUCUGCCUCAUCCCCUUUUCCAUAAAAAAAAAAAAAAAAAAGAUGGAUAUGUGGCUGUAUUUUUUAAUCAAAAUUAAACUUACUUAGAGAUUAUUUUGUCACUUCUAAGAUAACUGGAGACAAGCCUGGGGGUGGGGGUGGGAGGGCUGAAAAACCAGGGUUUGCAAUCACAAGAGUAAGGCCCCUAGGUUUUAGAGUAUAAAAUUCAGUGCACAAGGCCAUGAAUUUGGCUUAUCCACAAAAUAUAUUCUUUUCUUUUCCUUCCUUAUUCUAUUAGUCUUUAUUAUUCUAAACCAAUUCACAUUUUAUUUUUAAAAAAUACUUAAAAAGUUUAAAUCUUUCUGAAGAGUUUCCACCCUCCCUGUUUCAAGAAUUGCCCAAACAUAAUAGCUACAUGGCUUAAAAACACUCUUCAACAGUCUGGUUGACCUCUUCCACUUUAAUUAGGAUUCUAAGAUUUUUUUUUUAAGAGUUUCUGACUAAAAAUUUACUCUUCAGAGAAGGUACUAACUAGAUAGUGAGUUCCAAUGUACAAAAAGAAGAGAAGAAAGAAAGGAAAGGAAGGCAAGGAAAGGAAGGAAAGCAAGCAAGCUGUGGAAAAUAUGGAGAAGGGAAAGAGAAAUUACUUGAAGAAAGCUUUAAGUUGAAGCAAGAAGUGACCCCCCCUCCCCCACCACCUUCUCGUGGUGUUUUUGUUUCUCUUAUAAUUUAGAAGUUAAUUUGUCUACAUAGGAAAUUUAAGUCCCUAUUGCUAAUAAAAGAACGUUUUCAGUUUUCUGAGACAAACAUAAGGACGUGUCAAACUUCAGCAAUUAAGGAGAGGAUUGAUAUGUGGAUUUGACACCUGGCAUUGUGAUCUCCUUUUCUAACUGGAACUGAGAUUAUAUCCUUACUAAAAUCCAAGACAAGGAAAAUGACUCCAACAAAGACAGAGGCUAAAAAAUACUUCUGGACAUUAUCUUACCUCUCAGAAUCAAGUUUCCUUGCUUAACAAGAGAAAAAGGACCAGGGUUCCCUACUUUACAGUAAUGUUGCAAAAUUCCUGCUUUUUUAAAAAACUCUAAUUUGUAUCUCAAAGACAGAGCCUGAGACUCUGCUAAAGCAGUACCUAGACUGACUAGUACAAAUCAAUAAAUAGUCGCAUUGAGCGGAAAA